AUGUUCAUAGAGAAGUUCAGGGUGGAGAGCCCCAACGUCAGGUAUGGGGAGGAGGAGAUCGAGUCAGUGUACUCCUACGAGACGACGGAGCUCGUCCACGAGGUGAGGGACGGCGCGUACCAGUGGAUCGUCAAGCCCAAGUCCGUCCACUACCAUUUUAAGACCUCCACCCGCGUCCCCAAGCUCGGGUCAUCCUCUAUCUCUAUCUCACUCGUUCUCUCUCUCUCUCUCUUCUGUGUGUGCCUUUCUCUCUCUUCUGGUUCAUGGGUCUGAUCAUGGCGUUGGUGUGGACAGGGUGAUGCUCGUGGGAUGGGGAGGGAACAAUGGAUCCACGCUUACGGCGGGCGUCAUCGCCAACCGAGAGUGAGUAAUGGUGGAUCGAUCUGUCUCUGUGGGAUCGUCUUCUUCCUCGGAAAUUUAGGGUUUUGGUUGAUGAUAAUAUCAGGGGGAUCUCGUGGGCAACCAAGGACAAGGUCCAGCAGGCCAACUACUACGGCUCCCUCACCCAGGCCUCCGCCAUCCGCGUGGGAUCCUUCAAUGGGGAAGAGAUCUACGCCCCUUUCAAGAGCCUCCUCCCCAUGGUAUACAACCAUCCUUCUCUAUCAACUUCAUCCCCUGCCAUUGCUGUAGCUUCAGAUUGGCGCUAAUGGAGGAAGAGGGGUUCUGCUUCUCCUGCUGCUGCUGCUGCUGCAGGUGAACCCUGACGAGAUAGUCUUCGGCGGGUGGGACAUUAGCAGGAUGAACCUUGCGGACGCCAUGGCCAGGGCCAAGGUGCUGGACAUUGAUCUGCAGAAGCAGCUGCGACCUUACAUGGAGCCCAUGGUGCCGCUGCCUGGCAUCUACGACCCCGAUUUCAUCGCCGCUAACCAGGGUUCUCGCGCAGUCAACAUUCUCGGCGGGACGAAGAAGGAGCAGGUGGAGCGGAUCAUCAGGGACAUCAGGUAGCGGGAGGUUGAAGAUGACGGGGUCCCAGCGAGGAGUUGCGACUCAACCCUAAUCCUAACCCUAACCCUAGAAUCUUCUCGUGGCAGGGAGUUCAGGGAGAGGGAGGAGGUGGAGAAGGUGGUAGUGCUGUGGACGGCGAACACGGAGCGGUACAGCAAUGUCGCAGUGGGGCUGAAUGACACCAGGGAGAACCUCAUGGCAGCGCUGGAGAGAGGGGAGCAGGAGAUCUCCCCCUCCACCCUGUACAGCAUCGCCUGCGUCCUCGAGGGCGUCCCCUUCAUCAACGGCAGCCCGCAGAACACCUUCGUCCCCGGUGAGUUCCUCCCUCCGCCGCCAGUCCGCCACCGUCUGCGGCGGCAGAUAGACUGAGGAAUCUCUGUCGCCGCGCGGUUUCCUGCAGGUCUGAUAGAGAUGGCCAUCGCGAGGAACAGCCUCAUCGGAGGAGACGAUUUCAAGAGCGGGCAGACCAAGAUGAAGUCGGUCCUCGUGGACUUCCUCGUCGGCGCCGGCAUCAAGGUUGGUCGCUAGUGUCUCUCUUCUUCUUCUUCGUCUUCUUCGUCUUCUUCGUCUUCUUCGUCUUCUUCGUCUUCUUCGUCUUCUUCUUCUUCUUCGUCUUCUUCUUCUCCUUCUCCUCCUGCUCCUGCUUCUUCAUCUUCUCCGUUCUCAUCCUCAUCAUCGUCUUCCUCAUCUUCUUGCUGCAGCCGACGUCCAUCGUGAGCUACAACCACCUGGGGAACAACGACGGGAUGAACCUGUCGGCGCCGCAGACCUUCCGCUCCAAGGAGAUAUCGAAGAGCAACGUCGUCGACGACAUGGUCUCCAGCAACGGCAUCCUCUACGAGCCCGGCGAGCAUCCCGACCACGUCGUCGUCAUCAAGGUCAGACCCACCACCACCACCCGGUGGCGCCGCCGCUGCUCCGCUGCCGCCCGCUCACUCUUUCAUUUCUUCUCCUCCUGCUGCAGUAUGUGCCUUAUGUGGGGGACAGCAAGAGGGCCAUGGACGAGUACACCUCGGAGAUCUUCAUGGGGGGAAGGAGCACCAUCGUCCUCCACAACACCUGCGAGGACUCCCUUCUCGCCGCCCCCAUCAUCCUCGACCUCGUCCUCCUCGCCGAGCUCACCACCAGGAUCCAGAUCAAGGCCGCAGGAGAGGUGCUAGGGUCAAGCCUUCUCUCUAAAAACCCUCUCUUUCUCUCUCUAAAAACCUCCUGUUCUGGUGUUUGUUUGUCUGUUUCUCGCAGAGCAAGUUCCACUCCUUCCACCCGGUGGCGAGCCUCCUGAGCUACCUGAGCAAGGCCCCGCUGGUCAGUGAAAUAAAAACCUUCUUCUUCUGCUUCUGCUUAGCGCCGCCGUAACGGUCGAAUCUUGUGUUGUUGGUGGCGGCGGCGGCGGGGAGCAGGUGCCACCAGGGACGCCGGUGGUCAACGCGCUGUCGAAGCAGAGGGCCAUGCUGGAGAACAUUCUCAGGGCGUGCGUUGGCCUCGCCCCCGAGAACAACAUGAUCCUCGAGUACAAGUGA